CGGCGGCAGCGGCAGACGAACCCGAUGCCCUGCAGAUGGUGCCUUAGCUCGUGCGCCCGCCCCACACCGCUUCGCACUCGACCGAACGCGAGCGCACAGACGCGUCUCCGAAGUGUGCGCUCUCGUGAGCUCAUGUCAUUCCUCCCACUCUGCUCCGUCAUCUCUCACACUGGACCGCGCUCUCUGUUUUAAUUCAGCCUAUUGCCACUGAAUAAGACACUGCCCCUGAGAGCGAACCGGUGCGCUUUUGGAAACGGGAGGCUUCGCUGUGGACGCGUUUACCCGCUGCUCUUCGCCCUUGGAUUUGAUUCGCACAUCACGCUUCUUUCUUCUGUCCAGAAUGGGGUUUGGCGUGCUAGUGCUUCUGUGCGCUCUCACCGGUCUGGUGUACGGGGACAGUAAACUCAAGACAUGCUCGGACAUCAGGCAGUUCUAUAGCAGCAAGGGGUUCAAUCUGAACGGAGUCCCGCAAACAGUAAUAUCCGGUGAGCACCUGCAGGUUUGUUCUCAGGGUUACACCUGCUGCACGUCUGGGAUGGAGGAGAACCUUCUGAACCUGAGCCAACGAGAGUUUGAGACUCAUGUGAAGGAGUCUGGACGCACCUUACAGGCCUCUCUCAACAGCCAGUACAAGAGCUUUGAUGAUUAUUUCUUGGAGCUGUUGAACCGUUCUGAAGCAUCGCUCCAAACCUCUUUCCAGACCGGGUUUGGACCUUUCUUCUCCCAAAUCAAAAAGGUGUUUCAGGAUCUGUACUCAGAUCUCCGGCGCUACUACCGAGGGUCCAGUGUCAAUCUCGAGGAGGUGCUGAAUGAAUUCUGGGCCCGUCUGCUGGAAAGACUCUUUAAAGCUUUAAACCCUCAGUACAUUAUUGGAGAGGAGUAUCUGGAGUGCGUAGCCAAGCAGUCAGAAACACUAAAGCCGUUUGGAGAUACACCGAGAGAGCUCAAGACCAAAAUCACACGCACAGUCAUUGCGGCCAGAACGUUUGCGCAGGGUCUGGUGAUCAGCGGCGAAGCGGUCAGGAAGGUUUCACAGGUGUCUCUGAGCACUGAAUGUGUGCGCGCCAUAAUGAAGAUGACAUACUGUCCUCACUGUAGCGGCGUGGCUUUUGCCAAGCCCUGCUCAAGCUACUGUAAGAAUGUCAUGAAGGGCUGCCUCGCCAAUCAAGCAGAUCUGGACUCGGAGUGGAGGAACUUGGCAGAUGCUAUGCUGGAGGUAGUUGACAAACUGAGCCGGCCUUACAGUGUGGAUUCGGUGGUUCUGUCUCUGCCAAAACGCAUUGCUGAAGCUAUUCUCUACAUGCAAGACAACCUCAACACGUUCAACAAUAAGGUGUUUCAGGCAUGUGGUUCUCCUGUUGAGAGCUCCAAAACUGAGGACCAGAUCAAGCGAGGUAGAAACACAGCAGAAGAAGUGAGCGGCACCCCAGAAGCCCAACUGGAGAAAGUGUUAUCCGAUGUGUCCAGAAUGUUAAGGGAUAUCAUGCAGUACUGGGUCCAUUUGCCCAGAAAACUGUGUGUGGAUCGCGAGUCUGGACCGAGCGAAGCAGACACAUGUUGGAACGGAAUGAGUGUUGACAGGUAUCUGCCAGAAGUGAUGGGAGAUGGGCUGGCCAGUCAGAUCAAUAACCCUGAGGUGGAAAUUGAUAUUACCAAACCAGACAUGGCUGUACGCAAACAGAUCAUGCAGCUUAAAAUAAUGAUCAACCGACUGAAGUAUGCCAUCAAUGGAAACGAUGUGGACUUCCAGGAUACCAGUGAUGAUAUCAGCGGUUCAGGAAGUGGAAUGUGUGCCGAUGAUCAGUGUUCCCGCAAUCCACGUUUAAUGGCCCCAAACACGGACAAGCCCAAUGUAUACGCCUAUCCGUCAGAGAACAAGAAGGUGGUGAAUGGAAGAAGUAGCCAGAACCUUCCAUGCGUCAGCCUCUACCUUCUCUCAUUGGUCACAGUCUUGUUUAGGCGAUAAUCGGCAAGCAAUUCCACCAACUGGGACUGAGUACAGGACUGGGUUGGGUUGUGGAGGGGCGGGGUUAGUCACAUUGCCAAAACAAACAUGCAAACAUCAACAGAAUCCGGCGAAUGCAUCACUUUUUUUUUGUCUUGAAUAAGAACACCAUGGAAUAUUCUUAGAUCUGUGUACUUUUUUGUCUCUUAUUUGAUAUAUGACACCCCUAGAGCUGUCUGUGGUGGAAACGGUCUCUGAGAAUGCGCAUCUGUAACAAUAUCUAUACGAAAAUGCACCCCAACAAACAAAACAUGUUUGUUUUUCCUUAUUCAAAAAAAUCAUUUUAGAUUAUAUUUAUUUAUUAAUUAAGACCCAUAAAGAUAAGACAUCUCUGGCCGCUCAAGCUUGAGAAUGUCCUUCAGCACUUGUUCAAAGUGAACAAAACAUCGUAAAGAACCAUGUGUUCUUAUCUUUGUUUUAAAGCUUUUCUAAUCGUGAAAACAAGCUUUACUCAGUCUUGUUUCAUGAAGACCAGCGGUCAGACGCUCUCUCUGUCUCUCUCUCGUUCAUUGUACUAGUUUCUGCACUCCACUUUGCAAAUGGGUUUCAGGGGCCAUUUUAAAGAAAACACAACAUGUAUUUACUCUGGAUGUAAAUAAACAUGUACUAACCACAGUCACAUUUUCAAUAUAGCCUUGAGGACCCUCAACAGCACUAGAGCAAUAUUUGGGAUGAAACGUUAAUGCACCAGCAAUGACAAAGAGACGGGCGAGUUUUCCGUGGAACAGAUAUGUAAUGACCGUCAUCUCAGAAAGGGAUUUUACACAUGGGAAAAGACAAGCCGGAGAAUGAAAGACUUGAAACCGGAGGGAUGUGGAGGCGUUUCUGGACAUUGUUAAUUUGAUAUUGAUUCAAACCACAUAGAGAUGUGUGUGUGAGUUAUGUGUGAGUGCACUUCAGAGAAAAUGUUGCUUUGUAAGUACUCACUAUACAAAUAUACACGUGUACUCAAUACAUGCUGCAUCCACGUCAGAUCUGAUUAGUUCAGUGAUUCACAGAUGUGAGUCUCAAAUAUUUCCUAGCCCCACACCCUGCCCUUCAUUAGCAGACAAGUUGGGUUGUUUAUGGUACGCACACAAUGUUGAUGUGAAAAUGUGCUGCGCAAACGUUUGCGAAACCUUUUACCAAUGAAAGUCUUUCAGUUUUAGGUAAGAAUUGCACUCUAUGCAAGUAUGUAAAUGCAAAUAAUGUAUGCAUAAUAUGUAUACUGUAUACAAUGUAGCGAUAGCACACCUAUGGAGUUACCAUCCAAAUGUUUGCGUUACUGAAUCGAAUGUUGUUGUUGUUAAGGUAGCUAUAGCUAUAAACAUGUUGACCAUUGGACUAACUUGAACUAGCUUGCUAAGCUAAAUAGCAUGCAUCCUCCCAUACUUGUGUUGGAUUAUGAAAUACACCUAAUUACCAACAACCCCAUGACCUUACACAGGAAAAGCGGUUUGGAGAAUAAAUGGAAGGUUGAAAUAAUACAUACUAAUACACAUUUUUGCAUUAAUGUAAUGGUAGCACAUCUUAGUAUUCUAGGAGGCGAUAGAGUUACCAUCAAAAGUUUGCAUUAUUGAAUCUAAUGCUGUUGUUGUUAAACUAUAAAUGUGUUGAUCGUUGGACUAACUUGAACUAGCUUGCUAAACUAAAUUCACUUCAAACUGUUAAAACACCAUGAAAAUAUGUCAAAUGUUUGCUAAAACUUGCCUAAUACCCACAAUAGUGCACCUUUCAUACUUAUGUUACAUUAUAAUCACUGAAGCUAAUUUCCAGCAUUCCCGUGACCCUAGAGGAUACAGUGGUUUGGAGAAUGGAUGAAUUUUGGCUAAUUUCAUAACGCAAUGUAAAAUCAAGCAUAGCUAGAAGCAUUUUGUGUUCUCGUACUUGCAUAGAGUUCAGGCCUAGGACAGAAUGACGUAUUUUUUUUUAAACCUGAAGAGCUUAAUUUUUGGCUCUUUUAAUAAGCUUUGCAUUUGUGGAGGUUACAGGAAGUGAUGUAACUGAUUAAUGUUGCCAUUGGCUUUGCAGGGAAAGUGCUACAGUUUCGGUCACCAUGUGGCAUACAGAUUUGACCGGCUCAUUGAGAUGGAGAGCAACACCCCCUCCCUUCAAGUUUAGAAAUGCUGCACUUUGCAUGACGCACGCGGCCAUGUCCGCAUGACUACAUCACAUGAUCAGGGGUCGAUAACAGAGAAAUAUCCCACAGGCGGUGUUAUGGAUUGUUUGUUGAUCGAUUGGAUCAGAUGUGGUUGAAAAAAAUGGACCCGUGGCACAAUUCACUAACUAUCUGUAGAGUGAUCUGACCUGAAAUCAAUCUUAACUGUCUUUAGCAUGUUUGGUAAAUCAUUGACAGUUAGUAGUCUGACCCCAGGUCAGCUAAACAGUCCCACAUCUAGAUGCGAUGGCAUAAAUGUGGCACUGCCACUCACUCCUUACAGAUGAAUGUGGCUGAUAUUGUCAAAAUGUGCUGGGAUGAAAAAAUGAAAUUGCAUUCUGGUAUAUACUUUAUUUUUGUUUGUUUGUUUAAAAAAAUGAUAACGGGUUUGUGUUUAAGGUUGAAAGUAGUACAUUUUGAAGAGACCGAGGAAAUUAUCUGUCCAUUGUUGUUGUCUGUUCUUUAAAAAGAAAGAGAAAAACCCUUGUGUCAAUUAUAUAGAUCAAAAGAUUUUGAAAA